AGACGAUAAGCAUGUUCUUGGCACGUGUCACGCGUACUUCCUGGUUCACGUUGAUUUUCCACUGUAUAUUUUUUACGCUUUAGACCAACGUCGAGAACGUUCAAGCGGAAACUGGCAUUGAUGUUUGAAGUGGCCUGCUGUCACCACAUGGUAUCCCCCUUUGGUGCGAUCCCUCUGUCCACUUGGCCAACGAGUCGACUACGACCUGGCCGGAGGCGUUCUUGUGCCUGUACCCUAUGUCAUCGCCUGUUAACCUUCACAUCAUCGCCCUUUGUUCCGUCCUGUGGCGGCCAUACAUGGCUGGUUUGUUCCGUCAGCAUCAGCAGCAGCCUGGCUACAUGCUUCCAUUCCUGCACACCAAACAGACGACAUUUACGAGCUGCUCAUCCUUCAGCCCUCGCUGUGCCUCCGCCGCUUAACAGAUUUAAGCGUCGCAUCGUUACAGUUGACAGACACGCAGUCAAUGGCAAUACCACCGUGCACCCUUUUCCAGAAGGCAUGGGGAUCAUCAUGUUUGGUAUGGGUUGCUUCUGGGGAGCUGAGAAACUUUUUUGGAAGCUUCCGGGGGUCUUCUCCACACAGGUGGGCUUCGCCGGUGGCUUUACCCCCAAUCCCACCUACCACGAGGUCUGCUCAGGCCUUACUGGACACACCGAGGUUGUGAGGGUUGUCUUCUCUCCUGAAGACAUCAGCCUGGAGAUGCUGCUGAAGCACUUUUGGGAGAACCAUGAUCCGACACAAGGUAUGAAGCAGCACGCCGACAUCGGGACUCAGUACCGUUCUGUUAUUUAUGCAACCACUGCUGAUCAACUGGAGCUGGCAUUGAAGAGCAAAGUAGCCUACCAGAAGGUCCUUGAGGCAAAGGGUCUCGGUGCCAUCACCACCGAAAUUCUGGAGGGACAGCAGUUCUACUACGCCGAGGACUACCACCAGCAGUACCUGAAGAAGGUACCCAAAGGUUAUUGUGGCUUAAAAGGUACUGGGAUCGCCUGUCCCAUUGGAGUUGGAAAGGAUGAUUAGUGAUGAUUGCUUUAAUGGUUAAUUGCAGUGAAUUUCAAUGAUGAUGAAAUUGUAGCAACCCUGAAUCAUUACAAUUAGCGGUAAUCUCACAAAGUGUGUAUCCGUAGCAUACCAAAUAUGGAGAAUUUGUAUGCAGACAAGGUCUGCAUACCCUUGAUUAGUGGUGGG